AGAAAAUCAUCAUCACCAUCUAUUUGGUAGAUUUUUGUUUUUCAACUUUACACAGCCGAAGACAUGGAACCAGGCUCAACCUUUUAAUUCACAUCUCAGCCAAAGGAUUGUUGAUUUUUUUGGAGGGGUGUUUUUUUUUUCCUUCUUCUCUUCAGGAUAUGCCUGUUUAUUGAUGAUCCGCAAGCAUCGGAGAAAGCUUCCUCCUCCCUUCUUCCCCCCUCCUUUCCCUUGAGUUAGUUUUCUGGGGCUUGGGGGCUCCGGGACUGGAUGGAACUUUUUUCUUCCCCUUUUUGAUAAUCUUGUCUGUGCACGAGAAAGGGGACUCAGGAGCAAGAGGAGCAGGAGGUGGUGGUGGAAGAGGAGGAGGCAGAAGGGGCUCAGUGCGUGUGUAUGCAUGAGUGUAUGCGUGUGUGAGUGUAUGUGUGUGAGUGUUGUUGGUGCCCGGGACCAAAAUCUCCGUAGGUGUUGGCUGAAAUAUGGAGAAUAGUCUUGGAUGUGUUUGGGUACCAAAGCUGGCUUUUGUACUCUUCGGGGCUUCCCUGCUCAGCUUGCAUCUUCAAGUCACCGGUUCCCAGAUUAAGAGUUUUACCUCCCUUCGGUUCCUGUCAGAGCCUUCUGAUGCUGUCACUAUGCGAGGAGGUAAUGUGCUUCUGAACUGUUCAGCAGAGUCAGACAAAGGAUCUCCAGUUAUCAAGUGGAAAAAGGAUGGUGUCCACUUAGCCCUAGCAAUGGAUGAACGGAAACAGCAACUGCCAAAUGGUUCCCUGUUAAUACAAAAUAUAGUCCACUCCAGGCACCAUAAACCAGAUGAGGGUCUGUACCAAUGUGAAGCAUCAUUAGGAGAUUACGGGGCAAUCGUCAGUCGAACAGCUAAAGUUUCAGUAGCAGGGCCAUUGCGAUUUCUUUCUCAAACGGAAUCUGUCACAGCCUUCAUGGGGGAUACGGUAUUACUAAAAUGUGAGGUUGUAGGGGAGCCUAUGCCAACAAUUCAUUGGCAGAAGAACCAAGAAGACUUGAUUUUGAGUCCUGGUGAUUCUCGGAUAGUUAUAUUGCCCUCCGGAGCUUUACAGAUUAGUAGACUUCAACCAGGAGACAAUGGAAUCUAUCGAUGCCAUGCCAGAAACCCAGCUAGCUCAAGAACUGGAAAUGAAGCAGAAAUUAGAAUUUUAUCAGAUCCAGGUUUACACAGACAACAGUUUUUCCUGCAGAGACCUUCCAAUGUGGUAGCUAUCGAAGGAAAAGAUGCCAUUCUAGAGUGUUGUGUUUCUGGGUAUCCUCCACCGAGUUUUACCUGGAUUCGAGGAGAGGAAGUGAUCCAAGUCAGGUCCAGAAAGUAUUCUUUAUUAGGUGGCAGCAACUUACUUAUUUCCAAUGUGACAGAUGAUGAUACUGGGACAUACACUUGUGUUGUCACCUACAAAAAUGAGAACAUCACUGCCUCCGCAGAGCUCACGGUAUUGGUUCCACCAUGGUUUUUAAUUCAUCCUUCAAAUCUCUAUGCCUAUGAGAGUAUGGACAUUGAGUUUGAGUGUGCUGUCUCGGGAAAGCCUGUGCCUACAGUGAACUGGAUGAAGAAUGGAGAUGUGGUCAUACCUAGUGAUUAUUUUCAGAUAGUGGGUGGCAGCAAUUUGCGAAUCCUUGGAGUAGUCAAGUCGGAUGAAGGUUUUUAUCAAUGUGUAGCUGAGAAUGAUGCUGGGAAUACACAGACCAGUGCCCAGCUAAUCAUCCCUGAACCUGCUAUCCCAAGUUCCAGUGUCCUCCCCUCUGCUCCCCGAGAUGUGGUCCCUGUCUUGGUUUCCAGUCGCUUUGUUCGUCUCAGCUGGCGUCCACCCGCAGAAGCAAGAGGGAAUGUUCAAGCUUUCUCCGUCUUCUUUUCCAGAGAAGGUGACAACAGGGAGCGAGCAUUGAAUACAUCCCAGCCUGGGUCCCUUCAACUUACUGUGGGAAACUUGAAGCCAGAAGCAACUUACACGUUCCGAGUUGUGGCCUAUAAUGAACGGGGACCAGGGGAGAGUUCUCAUCCUAUUAAGGUGGCCACCCAGCCUGAAUUACAAGUGCCAGGGCCAGUCGAAAAUCUGCAAGCUAUAUCUACCUCACCUACCUCAAUUCUUAUUUCCUGGGAACCCCCUGCCUAUGCAAAUGGUCCAGUCCAAGGUUACAGAUUGUUCUGCACUGAGGCUUCUACUGGAAAAGAACAGAAUAUAGAAGUUGAUGGACUGUCUUACAAGCUAGAAGGGUUGAAAAAAUUUACUGAGUAUACCCUUCGGUUUCUGGCUUAUAACCGAUAUGGGCCAGGGGUAUCCACCGAUGAUCUCACAGUUGUGACACUUUCUGAUGUGCCCAGUGCUGCACCUCAGAACAUCUCCUUGGAAGUGGUUAAUUCAAGGAGUAUCAAAGUGAGUUGGCUACCUCCACCACCAGGCAUGCAAAAUGGAUUUAUUACUGGUUAUAAAAUCCGACAUAGAAAGACAACCCGUCGAGGUGAGAUGGAAACACUAGAGCCAAACAACCUCUGGUACUUGUUCACAGGACUGGAAAAAGGAAGUCAAUACAGUUUUCAAGUAGCAGCCAUGACAGUCAAUGGUACUGGUCCUUCUUCAGACUGGUAUACAGCUGAGACACCAGAGAACGACCUUGAUGAGUCCCAGGUUCCUGAUCAACCAAGCUCUCUUCAUGUCAGACCUCUGACCACCAGCAUUGUAAUGAGUUGGACCCCUCCCCUCAACCCAAACAUUGUUGUCCGAGGGUACAUCAUUGGAUAUGGUGUGGGAAGCCCUUAUGCAGAGACAGUACGUGUGGACAGCAAGCAACGGUACUAUUCUAUUGAAAAGCUAGAGCCAAGUUCCCAUUAUGUAAUCUCCCUAAAAGCCUUUAAUAAUGCAGGAGAGGGAGUUCCUCUCUAUGAAAGUGCCACCACCAGAUCUAUGACAGAUCCCAUUGACCCAUUGGAAGCUGAUUUUUAUCCUUUACCUGAUGAUUUCCCUACCUCAGUCCCAGAUAUCUCCACCCCCAUGCUCCCACCAGUAGGUGUUCAGGCUGUUGCACUUACCCAUGAUGCCGUGAGGGUCAGCUGGGCAGACAACUCUGUCCCUAAGAAUCAAAAAACAACUGAAGUUCGGUUUUACACUGUCCGAUGGAGAACCAGCUUUUCUGCAAGUGCAAAAUAUAAGUCGGCAGAUAUAACAUCCCUGAGUCAUACAGCAACAGGCCUUAAACCCAACACUAUGUAUGAAUUCUCAGUCAUGGUAACCAAAGGUCAAAGAUCAAGUACGUGGAGUAUGACUGCCCACGCUACCACAUAUGAAGCAGCUCCAACUUCUGCACCCAAGGAUCUGACAGUCAUUACUCGGGAAGGGAAGCCUCGAGCUGUCAUUGUGAGCUGGCAGCCUCCUUUAGAAGCCAAUGGGAAAAUUACUGCUUACAUCCUCUUCUAUACUUUGGACAAAAAUACACCAAUUGAUGACUGGAUUAUGGAGUCAAUUAGUGGUGAUCGACUGACUCAUCAAAUUAUGGAUCUUAACCUUGACACUGUGUACUACUUUAGAAUUCAAGCCCGAAAUUCCAAAGGAGUGGGACCUCUCUCUGACCCCAUUGUUUUCAGAACAUUGAAAGUGGAGCACCCUGACAAAAUGGCUAAUGACCAAGGUCGCCAUGGAGAUGGAGGUUAUUGGCCAGUGGACACAAAUUUGAUAGAUAGAAGCACACUUAAUGAGCCACCAAUAGGACAGAUGCACCCCCCACAUGGCAGCGUCACUCCUCAGAAGAACAGCAAUUUGCUUGUGAUCAUUGUCGUCACUGUUGGGGUCAUCACAGUAUUGGUGGUGGUGAUUGUAGCUGUGAUAUGCACCAGACGGUCCUCAGCCCAGCAGAGAAAGAAACGAGCUACCCAUAGUGCUGGCAAAAGGAAGGGAAGUCAGAAAGACCUACGGCCCCCUGAUCUUUGGAUUCAUCAUGAAGAAAUGGAGAUGAAGAAUAUUGAAAAACCAUCUGGCUCAGAUCCUGCAGGAAGGGACUCACCCAUUCAGGGUUGCCAGGACAUCACACCAGUCAGCCACAGCCAAUCAGAAACACAGCUGGGAAGCAAAAGCACUUCCCAUUCAGACUACACUUGUGCCCGAGAGCUACUUAGGGCCAAACUGAUGAUUCCAAUGGAUUCCCAGCCAAACAAUCCCACUGUUGUUAGUGCCAUCCCAGUGCCAACACUAGAAAGUGCCCAGUAUCCAGGAAUCUUGCCAUCUCCAACAUGUGGAUAUCCCCAUCCCCAGUUUACUCUCCGGCCUGUGCCAUUUCCAACUCUUGCUGUUGAUCGAGGCUUCGGAACAGGAAGAACGGUUAGUGAAGGACCAACUCCCCAGCAACCACCCAUGUUGCCCCAGACACAGCCUGAGCAUCCCAGCAAUGAGGAAGCUCCAAGUAGGACUAUCCCCACAGCCUGUGUUCGACCCACUCAUCCACUCCGCAGCUUUGCUAAUCCCUUGCUACCUCCACCAAUGAGUACAAUAGAACCAAAAGUCCCUUACACACCACUUUUGUCUCAAACAGGUCCUACCCUGACCAAGGCUCAUGUGAAAACAGCUUCCCUCGGAUUAGCAGGAAAGGCCAGGUCUCCCUUGCUUCCAGUGUCAGUACCCACAGCCCCUGAAGUGUCUGAAGAAGGUCAUAAACAGCCAGAGGAUCCAGCCAAUGUAUAUGAGCAGGAUGAUUUGAGUGAACAAAUGGCAAGUUUGGAAGGGCUAAUGAAGCAACUCAAUGCCAUCACAGGCUCAGCCUUCUAAAACUUGAGAAUUCAGGAGGUGGAUUAUCCAGGACAAUGCAGCAUAUCAGGAUUUCAUUCACAGAAACGAUGUGCCCACAAACACCUGCACACACAAAACACAUCACCUGAUCCCCAGUACUGUCUAGUUAAAGGAAUAUCCUCAAGUGGUCUGGAGAGGUACCUGUCACCCAUGUAAUGCCCAUUGUGCAUCUCAAAGUUCUCAAAGACAACGCCAAGAUCAACAACCAAGGAGUGUCUUGCAGCAAGGUCAAAGUUAAAGUCUCUGGAGUACUUCUAGCCCUUGGCUUUGAGCCGCGAGCCACAAAGACUUCAUUCCCAUAAAUAAUGCAUCUGUUUCCUGUAAUCUGGGCCUGCAAUUCUGUAGGGUUUCUUUUUUUUUUUUUUUUUUAAUAUGUCAGUCUAGUUUUACAACAUACAAGUGCAUUAUUUAAACCUGUUCCAUGUCACCAUAAAAUCAGCGGAGAUCACUUGUCUUUUACUUUCAACCACAAAGCACCCUUGGGAAAUUCUCACUAUACAGCACCAAAGGAUUGGAUGUAUUCCCCAACAGCACAACAAAAAAAAAAAUAAACAAAAACAAAAGAGACAGUGAAUGCCUAUUGUUUUAUAACUCAGUCAUUCAUCUUGCACAAGUGGUGGGUAUUAGCAAGUGGCUGUAAAAAUUCACCCGAUUUCCUCAAGUAUUUGUAUAUCUACUCUUGGUUAGCAUUUAUGUCUGGAGAACAGAGAAUAGAAACAUAAAAAAUCUGCAAUGGGUGGCAUCCUGCCAGGUAUAGUACGUUUUUGGAACGAGGAUACAAUAUGCAAUCUUCUCAGACACACGGUAAUUAUGAGCUUAAGCUUGUAACAGAACACUUUUCAACAUGGGUGGCGACGGGGCCAUUCCACACUGUGAUGACAUUUCAAAGCUUCCCCAAGGCCAUCCUCCUCCAGACCCCCAGGCAGGACUGAAGUUCCUCCCUCUUCCCCAGAGACUCCGUCCUCCCCAAGAGAUGGCUGACUUCACACUUUGCCUGGCAAGCAUACCGGAGAUCUCUGCACUUCUUCCAGAAACAGCAAACUUCUGAAGUGCAGACCAGAAGGAAGCAAAGGCAGAGUUCUUCCCUCAAGAAGACUGCCUCCUUGGGCCCUUCCUGACUCUCCUGACAGGUCCUGGAAACAACUGGCCCUGGACGCGCAGUGGCUACUGGUGACCGCUGGGGCCUGUGGCGGAGGUGAUCUCCAUGCCGUCAGGGAGGGAAAGGCCCCAUUUGACACUUAUGAAACUUCAUAAAUCCAAUGGAAGCUUUUCAAAGUUGUGUCUCAUGAUUCAGGAAGUGUUUCCAAGUGGCAUCUUCAUUCUCUGCUAGAAUUUUAACUUUAUAUUACCGUGUUUAUCGACAACUCUUAACUGGUUGAAUUAAGAACAUUUUGUGUGUACACUUUCAGUUGCUGAAUUUUCAGCCAGCAUUCAGAGUUAAUCCCUGUUUAUGCAGCUGAAUCACCAAAAGGGAGCUAAUUUGCAUAUUUAUCAGUUAGGAGACUGCAAAACCCAAUAAGAAAGUUUCAGCUGAAUUAUUCCAUUCAGCUCUGCCUUUGAUUUCAAGCUUGAGUGGGUCAUAAUUUUAAAAGAGCAUGGAAGGGAUAGGAUCUUUACAACCUAAUAGCUCCUUUUAUUAGGUGGGUAAUUAUAUACGAAUCCCUGAAUGAAAUAUUUUGAGCAAAAUGGCAAUGUAACAGAAGUAAUAAUUCAGAUUAUUUUUUUACAGUUUUACGUCAGGAAGGAAAUCUGAUAUCAAAAAGAGAGCUCAUUCAAAUCAUUUAUUAGAAAAUCUAAUCCAUUUGUGAAAUUGUUCCUUCAACAAGAAUGCUGGUUGUUUUUCAAUUUGCUAAAAUUUUAUUUAAGACCUUCUUAAGAAUUAUGUACUAUUACCUUUUGCGAGGGCAUUUGAUCCUAUUUUUGUUGGACAUCAAGGGUAUUUGGGAAUCUGGAAUUCUGGCCCUUUGGAAUGGGGCCUUCCCUAUGCUAGCAUUCAACCAAUCCCUUUAGAAUCAACCAACCCACUUUGAUAUAAAGAUAAUAAUCAUAACCCUAUUUUGUCCUCAAUCAAGUCCCUCAUUGCCCAGCGACAGUCUUCCUUACUUUUAAAGUCAUAGCAUAGCAGCAUGGCCUUAAAGGUACCCAAUCCCCCCCAAUGAUGUCCUAAGUCUUCAAGAUUUGUUUGGUUCCUACAUCUAAAAUCCAAGGCAUUUAGCUUUCUACUAUGUCAGAUGAGCAUAGGCAGUUCUAGAGAACUGGCUAGCAUUUUCAUAAAAAUUCUCACUACUUCCAAUCCAGGCUAAUCAUCUUUGGAAUAUGAGAUGGAAAUGUUAGAACAAUUCAGAUCUUUUUGAUUUGGUUUUGGAUGAGUUCUGGAUAUGGGAGACAGUUUGGAGAAUUUGUUUCAGAGGCCUUGUGUUUUCUAAAUGUUCUUGGUUAUUGUUCAUUAUUUUUAAACGUUAAAAUGUUUUUGUGGUAGUGGUAAAGUCUCACUAAACAGUGGUAAAAUAAGUGUCCGUGCCAGGCCUUAGUGUAGAGGACAAGUCAAAGAGUCUAACCAUGAGAUACAAGUUCUUUAAACCCCAAAUCCAUAUGGCUGAUGUAGCAUAAGUAGAACUGUGGUUCCCCAAACCAUUCCUGGAAGGCUACAGCUUACCUACUCAGGGUUUUCAGGUAACUCUUUAAUUUUCCCAGUCCCCUAAUCUCUUGACAAGAAGUAACCUGUGAAUGGUGGAAGUGACCUCUGUUUUGCUCCAGCUCCCAGUUGAGUUUAGGCAGUGUCAGAUUUUUCAAACUCAUAAAUCUCUGAGUCCCAUAGGGUUCCACUUGACAGCUAAACCAGAUACUCCAGCACUGGGAUUUAAAUACAACUUGGCAAUAUGCCCUCUGACCCCACAUUCACAGAAGCCAAACUAUCAGGCAAGCACCUAUUUCUGAGGAGAAGAGUUAUUUUCGUUUCUUUCUUUUUUUUUUUAAAACAGAUAGGAAAGUUUUUUUUUUCCCAAGAAACUUUUAUUUCUUGGGAAAAACAAAUAUAGAGAGCUCAAAAUGAGUAAAGUACAUUUCAGUGGUAUGGUAGCCAAAAGUUAAAUAGUUCUUUGUAACAUACAUUCAAUAACUACCAAGCAGUAGUAUUUCUGUUCAUGUAACAGAAACAUGUUACUGACAUUUUUAAAGUACUUCAUCUUUAAGCAACAAUCAGUUAUGCACCAUAACUUUAAACCCUAAUAAAUUUGAGAAAAACAAAUCAGCUUAGGAUCCUAAGAGGUGAAUUAUAAUGGUAUAUUGUCUUGUGGUGGGAAUGGAAUCUGCUAGUCCCUUUAAGUAAAUUGUAAUUCAUAUUAAUGGGCUAUUUGGUGGCUUGCCCAGGUGGAAACAAAUGGAAUUUUAAACUUCAUGACAAUAACCACUUAGCUUGGAUUCAGAGUUCAUAGUCAAUAUCCAGGACCAUAGAAAUUGAUUCUUGCUUUGCCAAUCAAGGACCCCCACUAUAGGGGAUCCACUGAGCCUGCCCAGGAGACUACUAACAGCUUAUUCUUGAUAUUGGCUCAUUAGGUUGGAUUCAACUGAAUGAGCUUCCAAAAAUCUUGCUAUAACUUAAUAGAGGAGUUUUUAGAUGGCAACUGGGUUGCAAUUCCCAGAAAACCAUUCUGCCUCCCAAGUCCUGCCUGAAUAAAAAAGUAGUCCAGACUUAGCAUUCCCUGAAGUGUGUCUGCUUGUACUUUAUGAACAAGUCAGGAAAACAAAGACAGUGCAUAGCCUCUCAGCUGUGUCCAUAUGUUUUUGUAUUUUCUUUUUUCUCUCUCUCUUUUUUUUUUUUGUUGUUUUACAACAAAAAUCAACCUUCAUGAGCUUCCAAACAGAUAUGAAGCUGGGGCUAAUUCCCUGCUUUUGUCCUAAAUCAUAUCAUGAAUUCCCCAUUACUGAGAUGCCCAAAUUAGUAUUCUGCCUCUGCCUACUUAGGCCAGUGCUAAAGAGAGCUCACAAAAUAGUAGAGACCCAAAGCAGUUUAUGAAAUCAAAUCUGCACAAGAAUUCCUUUGUUGUCAUUUCUAGAACAAUGUGUCGCAUAGCUAUUUACAGUUGGUAUUACUACAGUGACUUUCAAGAGUGACUUUUAUAUUGCACUGGAAACCUUUCAUCCAUUGAGUCCAAUAUUAAAGUCUCAAAUGUAAUACUUUGGAAAGUCACAGGUAGGGCACCCAGUGCUGUCAUAUUCCAUUGCAUCCCAAAGCACUUGUAUCCAUGGAUCAAAAUACUUUGUUAUCCAAAUAUUCAAUUUCAAAAGGUAUUGCUUCUAAAAUGGAGUGCCCAGGUAUUCUGUGCUGAGUGAAGCUAUACAGGAGACAAAGCCUCUGCUCAAAAAAAGCAAUUCAAUAUUAUUACUUCCGUUCUGGGAUCUCUUAUGUCUCCAUCACUGGUGACUAAUAUUUGCCAGGUCUGACUUCUGCGUGUGCUCUCGGAAGGCUUUCUCUCCCCUUGCUCUCAGUAGAAACCAUUCAUUUAAGCAUUGUCAUUUCAUUUUGUUUCAUUUUACUUUUGGCUGGACUGGAGAGCAGCAAGCACAGACAGCCUAAUGUCAUGAGCAAAAUGUCAUGGGGCUGAUGGAUCUCACUGUAUGCUGUACAUGUACUUUCAAAUGCAAGCAAGCAAUGUUGGGGGGGAGGAGGAGGAGGAGGAAAUAGAGGAGGAAGAGGAAGAAGAAAAGGAGAAGGAGCAAGGUUGUUUUUAUUAUUGUAAGGUAGAGCUGACAAUUCUGACCUUUGUGAAUUGUCACCUUGUU